AUGUCUGUCUUUUUCCAGACGGGAAAGUUUUGUAUAUUUCGGAAAUCUUUAAGUAAUCCUUUUUGUAAUUUAUUACUUUUCAGAAAUUACUCAGAUCCCUCGAAAAAGUUUAUAAAAUUUAACGAUGUAGUCGAACAACGAAGAGCGGAGGCACGACGAAGUCUCGUAGUUCAGGUCAAUUCAGAGUCCUCAUUCAGAGAACUGUAUGGUUAUUGUUCUAAAUAUGCUCCUAUUAAAGACGUUUACCACUAUCGGAACACAGAGAAAGAGCAUUUUAUGCUAAUUGAAUUUGAAACGGAAGAAAAUGUUAAAGAAGUAUUACAAGCAUGUAGCUCGCAUCAAAAGGACUUGGAUGUUCUGCCCAUACAGUCACCAUUCCUGUGGUUUAAAGCUGCGGUUAAUAAUAAAGAAACAUACAAAGUUCCUAGUUCAAAAACCUUAGCAGCAAAAGAUGGGAUUACAGCAAUCGAUGAUGACAUUCUAUUUGAGGAGUUGUUAAAUUGUGAAACAAUGUCAAAUCAGAUACAGUUGUUGUAUGAGAGAACAAAAUUAAAUGAUUUAGGAAUAAGGCUGAGAUUUAUGGUAGCUAGACAGUUUGAAGUAAUUUUCAAAAGUUUGUAUGCAAAUGUGGUUGUACAUCCUUUUGGUUCUUCAAUAAAUGGAUUUGGCAAGAUGGGCUGCGAUUUGGAUUUGGUUCUCACUAAUGAUUUAACAGAAGAAAUGAGUGGUGUGGGGCGGCGGCUGGUGUUCCAGGAGAAGCGCGCGGAGGGCACGCGGGCGAGCGCGCGGCAGCUGGAGCUGCUGGGCGCUCUCCUCGAGCUGCGCGUGCCGGGCGCGGCCGCCGUGCGACGCGUGCUGGCGGCGCGCGUGCCCAUCCUCAAGUGCGCGCACGUGCUGGCCGCCGCCAGCUGCGACUUAUGCUGCACCAACACGUCUGGAGUGUACAUGUCAGAACUUCUCUGGAUGUUUGGUUCUUUGGAUCCACGCGUGCGUCCUCUUACAUUUGCCGUACGCCGCUGGGCGACGGCAGUUGGUCUCACAAACCCACACCCUGGUCGAUGGAUAACCAAUUUUCCAUUGACCCUGAUGGUGCUCUUCUUUUUGCAGCAGAAGAGAAAGACUGGAUUUAUUCUGCCUUCCCUCAGAUUAUUGGUUAGCAAGGCUGGUAAAGAAGACAUUCGGAUAGCUGAAGAAAACAUAAAUUGUACAUUCCUCCGCGAUCUAAACAAACUGCCUGAAGAAGCCUACGGUCAGUGCGACGAAGACUUAGAAACGUUACUCCUGCAGUUCUUUGAAUUUUACGCGCAGUUCGACUUCCAAGAAAAAGCUAUCUCCAUCAACGAAGGAGUACCCGUGCGGAAGCCUAAUGCACUGCCUCUGUACAUAGUGAAUCCUCUAGAGCAAGCGCUGAAUGUUAGUAGAAAUGUUAGCUAUGAAGAAUGUGAAAGGCUAAGGUUGGAAGUAAGAAACGCUGCGUGGCAGUUAGAAGCGGAACUAGAAGGCAAGAAACAGGAUGAUUGGGGUCUACUUGGCCUUAUUGAGAAGAAGGGCUCGAGAGGACUGAAAAAACUCCUCAGAGUGGGUAACUCACAUAGACUGGUGUCAGUGAAAGACUUAUUUAAAGAGGACGAUUUCACGAGUGACACAAGUACGGAAUCGCAUCAGACAAAGAGUGAUACAGAAAUAGAGAAGAGUGUGAAAGACAUGAAACAGUCUAUGGUUAAUGUAGAGAAAAAGGAACAGAAAAUAAAGUUCAAGAAUAGUCAAAUAGCUAGUGAAGUGUUCAGAAUAAGAAGGAACAAAAUUGUUUGA